UAAUAUAACCCCGGAAUAUCUCUGGGUUUGUGGAGUCAUAAAACUCCACCAACAAAGGCUAAUAGUGGGCCGGAUCAUGGGCCAGUUUCCACGGCCCAUGAACUAACUCCGAUUCAUAAGAUGGUAUCGGCGGGAUAAAUUUAGAGGAUCUCGGAGAGCGAGGGAGGGAAGGAAGACGGGUAGCGCCUCCUCCUCCCUCUGAUCUCGUCUCUCUCUCUCUCUGCCUUCCUUCUCAAUGUCGCUUCUUUUGGCCUCCCAAUAUCCGGCCAAUCGGUUGUCGACUUCGGUCGAUAACGAGAUGUUGUCACAGCGGCUCAGGAGUUCCGGCCACGCGGUCCUUCGUACCGUGAGCCCGGGGACCUGGGCGGUGGAGGGGAGCUCUAUUUUUGGGAGCAUAGCGCUCCCCCACCUCAGGAGGAAAGCGUCGAACAGUUGGUCGGCAGUCCAGGAGUCCUACGUCUCCACCAAGCAAGUCUUUGAGAGUCAUCGGGUGGUUUGCACAUUUGGGACAUCUAUAGCAUCUAUUCUGACUGCAUGGGCAGCUACGGUCUGGGUUGGAGGGUGGAGCAUGGUAUACCAAUAGAAAAUUCCGAAGGGAGCAGCUCAAAUUGAUGGGUCAAAUGAAGCCACAGAGAUGGUAAUUUCUGAGAAGACCAUUUGUAAGGUUCAGGAAUUCUCAACCUGUCCAUAGAAUUCAAGAGUCCCCUCCAGUGGCUGAUGCUGGCUCACUUACUGCUCAGCAGUUACACAAAUCUUAGUGACCUGUAACAGCAGCUGUAAUUUUGGUGUACUGUAGAUAUUUCUUAAAGAGAAGACUGAUGAUUGCUUAGACAUGGUUAACCAUAUAGUUGGCUCCAAAUUUGAGAGGCUUUAAUUUUGGAUCAUAUGGCAUGCACAGUGCUGCCACCUUGGAGGAAUGCUGAGUUCGUGGUUGCUGGUAUUGAGAUUUAGGUCUUUCUUUGCUUGUUUCUACUUCCAGCUCUGUUUCGUUGGCCUUGAGCACCUACUGAGAAGUGUUCUUUUAGGGCUCAAGGUCAAGAAAUUUAUCUACCCCUUAUCAGAAAGCUUUUCAAUAUAAUCUGUUCUAACAGCAUUGUCAUCUCUGAUUUAGGAUUAUGGGAGAUGUUUGCUUCAGGUUGCUUAUGGUCAAGAAAAAAAGGGAAUGAGGAAAAAGGUGAAGGAAAAGCACUUGCCAAGAACAGAGGACUCUGCUAAGGGGCAAUUAUUCACCAGGGUAACACUUGUUUGUGCGUCACGUUAUGGUUUGUGUAGUGGCCCAAAAAUAAUAGAGUACAAUUCUAAGAUUUUUACUGCUUGUUUGAUGCCCUUUGAGCUGCAUGGGGUAGCCUUGUAUCCUUCUAUCAAGUGCUCUAGCAUCAAUUUUUGCUUUUUUUUUUUCAUUUUUCACCUGUUUACAUAAACUUGCUAGGCUUUGAAUUCACCCAGAAGAUUUAAUUUCUUUUAUACAGUAACUUGGCUUGAGAAGUUCCCACUGCUGAUUUGUAAUCCUCCUUUGAAUGCAAGCUUGCUAGCUAUUGAUGUGGCCUUUCAUUCUUAAUGUGGAUUGCCUUAGUGGUAAUGUGGUUCUGCGAGCAGAAACUGUCAAAUUGUGUUGCCAUCUUACUAUUCUUAAUAUAAUUGGCCAUGACUUUAAAUUGUUAAAGACUCUUGAAUUAUUCACGAAUUUUUUUUUUCAUAUACAUUCUUUGAACUAUAUGAGAACAAGUGCACAACUCUUGGG